UCAAACCCCAUCUUCUUGUCAGCCGAAACAUCUCUCCAAAGAGCCCCCAUCCCUGAACUCUACACCGAAGCAAAGGUGCAUGGAUGUGGAACCCUAGAAAUUAUCACAAAAAAGAUGACUCGGAAGACGAUGAUGAAUCUUGGGAAGUCAAGGCUUUCGAACAAGACAUAAAAGGAAACAUCGCCGGAACCACUUGGCCUCCGAGGUCUUACACUUGUAAUUUCUGCCGGAAAGAGUUCAGGUCGGCUCAGGCCUUAGGCGGUCACAUGAACGUCCACCGCCGCGACCGAGCCGCUAGGGUUCACACUCCCCCUGUGGCUCUUGCUCCGCCUUUUCCCACUCUAAUAAUCCAAUCCUCAGCUAAUAACGUUGAGGGUUUGCGCCAUUUCUACCAAUUCACAAACCCUAGUGGCAUUUAUGGUAAUUCCGGUGACAUGAGUCUCUGUGGAGUCGUUGGUACGACGUCCUCUCCUGAUUCAAGCGCUCUAUUUCCGUCGUGUAACUUUGGAUUCCCGCCGUUGGAUUUUCCAGCCGAGAUCCCACAGUUUCUGGAAGCUUCAGCCGGAGAUACGAACCUACAGUUCAUCGAUCAUAUCGGUGAAACAAGCGUUGAUUUGAAUGGACAAAGCAAGUAUAACUCCAAAGAGAUACGUACGGAAGAGGAGCCUGAUCUUGAACUUCGGCUAGGGCAUAAAGAAGCCAUGGCUCCUCCGUGACAGCCAUCGAGGACUCGUGUUAAUAUAUAAAGGUUCUUCACAUGUCUUGUUUUGAAUACAAUUUGCCUGAAUUUGCUUUGUGAUUGUUGGUUCUCUUUGAUGCUCUACAUUUUCGUUAUGUGAUUGUUAAAUUGCCUGUCAGCAAAGGAUCAAAGAAAGCUAGAGAUGAAUCUGCCAAUUUUCUA